AUGACUGACCCACCAUCGUUACAUGGUCCCCAAACUCCCAGUCCAGUGGCCAUUUUUCACGUCACUACGCAGAGUGAUUAUCCAAAUCAGGGUACCAUAGACUUUACUCACUCUUCGCCCUCUACCUCUCCAGUCUCUCUUGGAGUCCCUGCUCCAUCCUCUCCGCCGUUGGCUUUCACGGAGAGGGAGGCAUAUCUGAUGGGGGUAUAUAUACAUCAGGUUUCAUUAUCUCCUGAUUCAUGCGAUGAAGAGCGGCAUUUUGCGACCACAGUGCCCAAGCUGGCGUUAGAGGAGCCAAUUGUUCUAUAUGGCAUCUUCGCUCUCGCCAGCCGAUUCGAUGAGAUCCAGACCAAAACUCAAAGCGAUGUCGAAAGCACCCAAUACCACAAUCAAUGUCUUGAACUAUUGAUUGACGCCCUAUCUAAACCUCCGGAGACAUAUGGGGUACCGCUCCUUACUGCCGUAGUGCUCUCGAGGCUAUACGAGGAGUUCGAUGUCGGAAAAGACACCCAGUUCUAUCAUUUGAAGGGCACACGGAAUCUUCUGGGGUUCAAUGCCAUUACAAAGUCUGCACAGAACGGUGGUCUCGCCGAAGCUGUUUGCUGGCUUCACUUGCACCAAGUCAUUUACAUCUCAAUGGUCCAUAAACAGAAGCCAGAUCUGUAUCUGGAAAUCUUCAAGACUUUCCAAUCUUACGAUGGGAAUAGUGAUAGAUCUCAUGUUAACCGUGCAGUCUAUCUACUAGCGAGAGUCCUUCGCGAAUUCUUCUCCGGAUCAUCCGAUAUAUCUCAGGUUUGGACUCAGCUAGAAACGGAGUUGGACGACUGGUACAGGGGGAUUCCGCGAUCAUUUCAAGUCCUCUACGAGGCACCGAUAAACAUAAAGGCUGGCCGGACAUUCCCAUCCAUCUGGAUGCUCUCAAGCCUUCAAGUCAUGGCCCUCGAAUACUACUAUGCAUCGAAAGCGAUAAUAUGUCUGUAUCGCUGCAACUCGGGCGGAGGCCAGGCUUUUGGAUUCGACGCCAUGAAGGCCCGGAAAUCAAACGAGGUAGGGUGA